CAGCAGGCGACCCGGAAGGUUUGCGCGCCGCUCCGCACCGAGCCCUAGCCGCGCGCCGCUGCCGGAGCCGGGAGCCCCCAGCCCGGCCCUGCUCGGGCCGCCGGGCUCGGGGCUGCGGCCACAUCCCGGAGCUCUGCCAGCACUGCCAGGUGCUGUUGGGAACACAGAGGAAGUGACUGACUGGGGGUUCAGGGAAAGCUCCGUAGAAGAGGGAACACUUGAGCUGGGUCUUGAAGGAUGAGUAGAAGUUCACCAAGUGGGAAAGGACCCUCUAGGAUGGCCGAACCUCGAUUUAACAACCCCUACUUCUGGCCCCCUCCUCCCACCAUGCCCAGCCAGCUGGACAACCUGGUCCUGAUUAACAAGAUCAAAGAACAGUUGAUGGCCGAGAAGAUCCGGCCGCCUCACCUGCCACCAACCUCAGCCUCAUCACAGCAGCCACUGCUAGUGCCCCCCGCGCCCGCCGAGAGCAGCCAGGCCGUCAUGUCGCUGCCCAAGCUGCAGCAGGUGCCUGGGCUGCACCCGCAGUCUGUGCCGCAGCCGGACGUGGCACUGCACGCCAGGCCCGCCACCAGUACUGUCACAGGUCUGGGGCUUUCCUCUCGAACCCCUGCUGUGAGUACAUCUGAGUCAACCCCAGGCUCUGGCACAGGCACCAGCACCCCAUCCACACCUACCACCACCAGCCAGAGCCGCCUCAUCGCCUCCUCCCCCACCCUCAUCUCAGGGAUCACCAGCCCCCCUCUCCUGGACUCCAUCAAGACAAUCCAGGGCCACGGCCUCCUCGGCCCCCCCAAGUCUGAACGCGGCCGCAAAAAGAUCAAGGCAGAGAACCCAGGGGGUCCCCCUGUCCUUGUUGUCCCCUACCCCAUCCUGGCCUCUGGUGAGACCGCAAAGGAAGGCAAGACAUACAGGUGUAAGGUGUGCCCGCUCACCUUUUUCACCAAGUCCGAGAUGCAGAUCCACUCCAAGUCCCACACAGAGGCCAAGCCCCACAAGUGCCCACACUGCUCCAAGUCCUUUGCCAACGCCUCCUACCUGGCCCAGCACCUGCGCAUCCACCUGGGCGUCAAGCCCUACCACUGCUCCUACUGUGACAAGUCCUUCCGACAGCUCUCUCACCUCCAGCAGCACACCAGAAUCCACACAGGCGACAGACCCUACAAGUGCCCACAUCCUGGCUGUGAGAAGGCUUUCACUCAGCUCUCCAACCUGCAGUCUCACCAACGCCAGCACAACAAAGACAAGCCCUACAAGUGUCCCAACUGCUACAGGGCCUACUCAGACUCCGCCUCCCUCCAGAUCCACCUCUCCGCCCACGCCAUCAAGCACGCUAAGGCCUACUGCUGUAGCAUGUGUGGGCGGGCCUACACCUCGGAGACCUACCUGAUGAAGCACAUGUCCAAACACACAGUGGUGGAACACCUGGUGAGCCAUCACUCACCUCAGAGGACGGAGUCCCCUGGCAUCCCGGUGCGAAUCUCUCUGAUCUGAGCCCACCUGUGGCGCCGCCCCAUCCUCUUGGCCGACACAGACCUAGGCAACACCCAGCCUAACUCGCGCUGGGGCCUCCAGGAACCACCAAGCUCUCUCAUGACCUUCCCAACCUGCCAGAAAGCUUGGUCCGCAGAAGCCCUGCCUGGUUCGGCUCCUGGGCAGCCAGGCCAACUGCAAGAUUAUGGACUGUUCUGGCGGCAUCCAAAGACGAUCUCAGAGCACUUUGAACCUGUCUGUCGGGUUUUCUUUUUGUUUCCCCUCCCUCACUGGCUUCACUGUUUCUUUUCUUUUCUUUUUUUUUUAAGUUUGUUUUGGAAAUAACAAAAAGGAUAUUUAUUGGCCAGAAUGUUGGUGCUGCUAAGAAUGAGAAAGUAAAAGGACUGGAGAGACGGAUACAGAGAACCAGAGGGCAGCGUGGGACCUUCUCUGGCCAUAGCCUCAGGUCUUGAGGGGAGGCACAGGCCUGGGGUUCUGGACUUCAAAGGGGCCCCUCCCCCAGGUGGGAGGAGACAGCAGACAGCUGGAGUGAGCCCUUCAGCCAUUCGCCCCGCUCAAACUGCCUGAGCCUUGCCCUUGCCUUCACUGGGCAGAGGGUACGGCAGCUGCCAGGGCUGCUUGGCUUCAGGGCAUGGAAACAAGAGGGGUCUGGAGAGCCGCGGGAUCAAAGGGUGCAGUGAUGGCUGGGUGGUAAGCCCAGGGAAAUGGGUUGGGGGAGUGUGCCAGAUGAGACCUGGCUCCUCCCCUGGUGCCCUGAAGACACCCCAGUCUACCUCGGUGCUGGCCAGGAAACCUAUCGGCUACCUCUCCCACCACUCCAGACUGGGCAGGGGGAUGGGUAUGGAGUGGGCCUGGGGCUAAGAUCUCCUUCAGAAUUCACUCCAGAAGGGGACAGUGCCCAAGGAGGGGUUAUCUUUCUUGCCACAGAAGGGGACUCCCCAACCCAGACUCCAGGCCCUGCGGCAGGGAUAGGAUCCUCCAAAGGAGGUACCAGGAGCAGACUCUGCCCCCAGCUCCCCCAGACAUCCCAAUCCGAAAGCCAUGCGUGUCCGUGUAUAUAGGAACUAUGUACAGAGCCCAGAGAAGCCCUUCCACAUCCCUUCCCCCCCAGAGAAGAAGAAAACUAGACAAAACUCAUCUAUAUAUUCUGUAUCUGGAGUCCAUUUGAAUAUUAACUGUGUUAUUUUUAUACACUUUUUAAGCCUUAACUCGCCAUUGAUUUACCAGUUUAACGUUUCCUGGGGUUUCUUUUCCACUGGGGGGUUCCCUGCCCCCCACCCCGCCCCCUUUGUUUGACUUGCGUCGUCUGAUACUCAGUAUUGUAGCUUUUCGUCCGCAUGUUACUACCCUGUAAAUAUGCUGUUCCAAUGCUGUUAACACCCUUGGCUUUUUUUCUAUGGGACCUCCAGGCCACCAUAUUUAGAAAUAGUUACCUUAUUAAAAAAGAGAAAACAGUCUGUUGGCUUCUCAGUCUGCAUCUUGGUGGCAGGGAGGCAAGGGCAGGUGGCCCUUGGAGCUUCAGGAGAGUAGCUUCUAAAGAAGGGGGUGAAGCUAAACAAAUCAAAUGUGGGGGAAGAGCACUAAAGGGGGCGAGAGCCAAAGGGAUGCAACCCAUUUAUCUGCUCUUUGUAUAUCUCUGAUGUGAAGAAUAAACUGUACCUACACCCGG